GGCAAAACAAUUUUUUUAAACUAAUUAAUACUCAGCGCUGACAAUUUUUUUCUUAACUAAGAAAUAGUUGAACAUUUGCCUAACCGAUUUGCACAAUUAUAUCAUGGUAUAAAAAUUAUACCACAUUAUCUUUGGUAUAAAAAUCUGUCAAAUUACCUAAUUUUUUUUAUCUUUGUGUAUGCUGCACUUUCAAGUUGUUGUAAAAUAUAAAAAAAAAUUUCUAAAAUAAAAAUCACAUACCCUUCGAGUUCAUGUGAUAUUAAAUAAAAAUGCACAUAUUAUAAAUUUUAAUAACAAUGACAAUGUGUUGUAUCAUAGCAUUUAUUUUUCAUUUAUCUGAUAGCAAUCCUUAAGGGAGUAUUCUACUGUAGAAUUUUGAAAAAAUCGAAAAUUUUUUUUUCAUAUUUUCAAAGUUUAGAUAUUCAAAAAUAUGUCAUUAAAAGGAUUUUUCAAAAUUCCUAUUAUUUCAUGAGUUAUAGCCGUUUUAGUGACGUGGCAUCGGUUCCGGUCCGACCACUGUUGAAAUGUUUGGGAGGUCGGAAACCAAGCAUAAUGCCAAAUAUAUCCGAUGUAUCGGAGAUGGUGACUUAAAAACUUUCAAGGGCAUUCUUGAUAUUAACCCCUACAAUGAUAACCCGGUAGUAGAAAAAAAGGAGUGUGUUGGGCAUGUUAAAAAACGCAUGGGUUCACGGUUACGUAAAGCAAAAAAAGAUAAUAAAGGUAUUGGUAGCAAAGGCGCUGGUAAACUCACUGAUAAGCUUAUCAAUGAAUUGUCUUUAUAUUAUGGUUUGGCAAUUCGUCGAAAUCCAGAUUCUGUUAAAGACAUGAAGAGAGAUGUGUGGGCAACCUACUUUCAUAAAAUUUCAACUAACGAAAAUCCUCAGCACAUGAAUUGUUCAUCUAGUUGGUGCAAGUAUCAGAAGGCAAUAGAAGACGGCACUAUUGACGAAUUUGACCACAAAAAUCCUCCUCUAAAUGACAAAGUUUUAGAAGUAAUAAAACCAAUUUAUGAAAGUUUAUCCGCUGAUUCUUUAUUGGAACGAUGUUUGGGUUCUGAAACCCAAAAUAAUAACGAAUCUUUGAAUUCGUUAAUUUGGACUUUUGCUCCGAAGCACAUUCACGCUGGACCGAAGACAAUUGAAAUUGCCACUUUCUUCGCAGUUAGUAUUUUUAAUGAAGGUUUUAUACCUAUAUUAAAAAUCUUAGAUGUUAUGGGAAUCACGAUUGGCCCAGAAGCUAAUGCUUUUGCAGCGAGAGGGGACGAAGCGCGUAUCGAGCGCUCGGAACUCCGGACUUCAGAGGCGUCAAAGGAGGGUAGAACUGCACGUCUUCACAAGAGAACAUCGGAGAAUGAGCAUUUUGAAGUAGAGGAAGGAUUCUUAUAUGGAGCAGGAAUCGCCGAUUAAAAAUAUAUCACCAGGAGGGUUGGAAUAAUGCACGCCAGGACACCCUCUUUUUUUUUGACCCCCCACUUUGACUGCUCAUAACUUUGUCAAUUUUAAUUUUUUUUUUUAAAUAAUUUUUUUAUGUAAUAAUAAAACAUCAAUAAACAAAUGAUA